UUCCUGAGGGCCGACUCGUGUCCGGUCCGACCCGUCUCGAUUGCCAACCCUGAGAGGAGAAAAUAAAACCCUUCUAGGGUUUCCGCUUCCCCCGCCGCCGCCUUGCACUCUAACUCCAAUUCCAACCGAUCGGCCGAGGAGGGCUUCCUUCUUUCCCUGAUCAAGUGCUCGAUCUCAGAAACCAUGUCGCUGGUGGCGAACGAGGAUUUCCAGCACAUAUUGCGAGUCUUGAACACCAACGUGGAUGGCAAGCAGAACGUAAUGUUCGCCCUCACGUCCAUCAAGGGUAUUGGCAGGCGUUUCGCCAACAUCGUCUGCAAGAAGGCAGACGUCGAUAUGAACAAAAGGGCUGGUGAACUUUCUGCUGAGGAACUGGAGAAUCUAAUGGUCGUUGUGGCGAACCCAAGGCAAUUCAAGAUCCCAGACUGGUUCUUGAACAGGAAGAAGGACCACAAGGAUGGGAGGUAUUCUCAGGUGGUCUCCAAUGCUCUUGACAUGAAGCUGAGAGACGAUUUAGAGCGAUUGAAAAAGAUCAGGAAUCACCGUGGCUUGCGACAUUACUGGGGUCUUCGUGUUCGGGGGCAACACACCAAGACAACCGGCCGAAGGGGAAAGACUGUUGGUGUCUCAAAGAAGCGUUGAGUCGUUCGAUUUUUUUUAUUCCAGUGGCUGGAUAAUUAUUUAUUGAAGUGAAUGCCUUUUGGUUUGAAUUCAACUAGUUAAAGAACACCAUCUCAUUUUUGUUUUUUGGUGUAGGAUUGCAGCAUGAUAAACUUUAUGGAUGUAGACUUCUUUUGUUAUCUUUGAAUUUGUGUACUCAAAUGUUAUUUGGCAUAUCUUAGAAUAUCUCUUAUUUUACA